AGACAUUUUGUAGCUCACACCUCUACAACAGUCGCAGUCAUAUCAGCACCUACAUUAUUUUCUGGUAAUCAAAAUGGCGCAACAAGCAAAGCCUAGCCAGGAACCACUUGUCCUCAAGCUUCCUCACCCAUAUCUUACCACAUAUACCAUUUCCAAUGUUGCUCCAUCAGGCCAACCCACCAGCUAUCAGAUUCAAUUGAUACCAUCUACCUCUACUGGAAAAGAAGUUGCUCCACCCACAGUCUUACACAAUGAAGCCAUAUCAUUUACCGAUAUUGCGACUUUGGACGGAGACGCAGUACCCCCGACUCGAGACAACAGUUCCUGGGCGCGCGCUCGAAGAUCACCAUACCUGACAGUGAGCUGGAACCAGGAUCGGCCGUCUGUCCCGCAGCUAUGGCUCGUUGCCUAUGCAUUGGUUUCGCUGCACCCUCUAGUCGAGAGUUUCCGCGUCGUCCUUUCCGGAAAGGACUCAACCUCACUAGCACAAGAACUAUAUGGCACUGGUCUCUUCCACCCGCAUCCAAAGGCAUCCAACCCAACAGCACCGCAGGAUGGUCACCUGCUUCUCAGAGCUACCUUUUGGCAAGGAGCUGGAUCGCCCUUUGGUGUUCGUCCAGUUUGGGCACCGCACCUCGACGCUAGUGGUCAGCCCAUUACCAGGCGCUACCCUCCUUUUCCGUAUCAAAAUGCACCUUCCACUCAAUGGCCGGCAGUACCACGGCACACCACGCACCCUGUUCGGGAACCAAAACCUCAACCAGGCUCCAUCGUCUACAGCCGCUGGUUGCCGCAUUUGAAGGAGCAUUUCUCUAUGACUGCCCUCGACUAUACUAACGACGAACACCUGCGCCUCUUCAAUAAGUGGCAAAAUGACCCACGUGUCGCUGCCGGCUGGAACGAAACCGGGACCCUGGAUCAGCACCGAGAGUACCUCCGAAAGUUGCAUGAGGACCCCCACGUCCUUACCAUGCUUGCUGCCUUUGACGAUAUAUUUUUUGGAUAUUUUGAAGUCUACUGGGCGAUGGAAGAUCACAUGGGCGCUCACUAUCAAUCCUCGCCGUAUGAUCGCGGAAGGCACUUGCUAGUCGGUGAUGUCAGAUUCCGAGGCCCGCACCGCGUUUCCGUGUGGUGGUGCAAUGUCAUGCACUACAUGUUCCUGGAUGAGCCGCGUACCUGGAACAUUGUCGGCGAGCCGGCGGUCACAAGCAGUACCGUGCUAGCAUAUGACUUUGCCACCGGAUUGCACGUGGAGAAGAUUAUGGACCUUCCACACAAGCGCAGUGCCCUCAUGAUGGUCAACAGGGAGAAAUUCUUCACGCUGAACUCUUUUGUCUGGGAUGGCGAGAGAAGGGUACGACCGAGUCUUGAUCUCGGCGCAAAGUUGUAA